CUUGGCUUUCUGUUCUGGAGCUUCCAGCGUUUGAACGUUUCCAAGUGCACUUCUGGAAAGCACGCCUCCUUUUUCUACUGAAAAUGUAGAAGAGAUAUCUUAUAAUGAUACUCUCUUCCAUUAAGGUUCCCUAGGUAUACUAGAAUCAUGUCUUACGGGAAAUCUCUUGCUUUGAGCAAGGCCACAUUCAUCACGCCUCCAGAACCCAACCAAAAAAAGAAGGACUGCAAUGGCCCCAAGAAGCAGCAACGGAGGAAGCGCAGGCGAAAAGGAACUAUCUAUGAUGCCGUUGCUGGCCGGAUGAAUUCACACGGCUUUAUCCCGUCGAAACCCUACGCUUCUAAAUACCGCGACACGGCAUCCUCGAGUAGCCGCCCGGUGCCUCCCGACGAAGCUCUAUACCGCCGAAAGGGCAUGCCCGACCUGUACGAGGAGACCGACCGGAUGCGGCUAGCUCCUGACAUCCCCCUUCCGGACUCUGCAUUGCUAGAGGCUAUUCAUGCCUAUACGGCGGAUUUUUACGAGCAGACCACCAAGAGCCAUGGCCGUGGUUACUCUUAUAGCAUGACAGGGACGGCAUUGCUUGGGAUGGGUGUCCUGCUAGAGGAACUGGCGAAAGAAUCUUUGGGUGAGACUGGAGACCUGGUGCUCGUUGAGGGAGAGCCUGUUGGGCGUAAAAGGGCAAAUAGUCUGAGUGGGACUCAGGUGAGCUCAGGUGACGAUCUGGAUAAGAUAGUGAAGAGACAGAAGAGAACCAAGAAGCGCAGGCUGGCCCGUCAGACCAUAACCACGGACAUGGAUACCAAGGUCGAGAACUGAAGCCCGACGGACAGCACGGGGCGAAAUCGGCUGGAACGCCACCUACGAGACUACGGAAAUCCUUUAAUAUUUAGCCUGGACAACUGUUCCCAGUUGUGAAUUUACUGAUCCGAGUCACGGAUGUCUGUCUUUAUUCUCAACUUGUCAAUGCUGGAUUUAUAUAUCUAUUUACGAAUUUAGAUCUACCAUCUUGGGGGGGUAAAUUCAUUUGAUUGAAUACCGAGAUGUUGGGUUCCACGACAGUAGACAAGGCAUAUGCUUACCUGUAUUAAGCCCUGUUCUGAGCAAGUGCUGAAUGGGAUUUCCGGUCCCGUGCGAGGCGGAAAAGAUGCACUACACGAACUAGACU